AAAGAAGGGGAGAUUUCCUCCUUGGGAGAGGGAGGGAAAGGAAACGGUUGUUCCCCACGGGAGAAACACCACCGUCUCCUCCUCCAUUAACACCAACAAACCAACACCAUCCUUUUUCUUUUCUUCUUUAAUCCUUCUCUUUUCUUUUCCUCUCUCUCUCUCUCACGAGAUCUCUUUCCUUUGCCUCUCUGUAAUAAUUUAUAAAACUUUAUCGUAAAGCUCCAUCUCUCAAUCCCACCUUCUUCUUCUUCUUCUCUCGGACGUCGCCAGGAGUCCGAGAGAUAGAAGCGAAAGGAAGGAGAAGGGAGCUCGAAGCAAGCGAUCGAUAAAAAUCUUCGAAGCUGGCGAACCCGGGCUUCAGAAAGCGAGGAAGCCAGAAUUCUUUCACGGAGUUUCCAGAAUCCUGCUCCGCUGGAACCACCCCACCAAGAACCCCAAGGAGUAGGGGAGGGAGGGGAGCAAUGGGGGCGGUUGGCGGAGAUGAGCUGGCGAGAUGGGUGAAGGCAGAGGGCGGCGGUGGCGGUGCUGCAGGUGGAGGGGAGGAUAGGAUUGUUGUGUCUGUGAGAGUGCGGCCGCUGAAUGACAAGGAGAGGGAGAGAUGUGAUCCUUCUGACUGGGAGUGCAUCAACAACACCACCAUUAUUUCCAAGAACAGCCUCCCCGAGCGGUCCAUGCCACCGACUGCAUAUACAUUUGACAGAGUAUUUGGAUGUGAAAUCAGCACAAGACAAGUGUAUGAGGAAGGUGCCAAAAAAGUUGCUCUUUCAGUUGUCAGUGGGAUCAACUCAAGUAUAUUUGCAUAUGGACAAACUAGUAGUGGAAAGACGUACACAAUGACUGGAAUAACACAGUAUAGCAUUGCAGAUAUUUAUGACUACAUACAAAAGCAUGAGGAGAGAGAAUUCGUUUUAAAAUUUUCAGCCAUGGAGAUCUACAAUGAAGCUGUGAGAGAUCUCCUCAGCAUGGAUAGCUCCCCUCUUCGACUUCUUGAUGAUCCAGAGAGAGGGACUAUUGUGGAGAAACUUACAGAGGAAACACUGAGAGACCAGAGCCAUCUCAAGGAGCUUCUUUCUUUGUGCGAAGCUCAGAGACAGAUAGGAGAGACCUCAUUAAAUGAAAUGAGCUCCAGAUCUCACCAAAUACUCAGACUGACAAUAGAAAGUUCUGCUCGAGAGCUUCAUAGUAGAGACAGUUCAAGCACCCUUGCAGCCACUGUGAAUUUUGUUGAUUUGGCAGGGAGUGAACGGGCAUCUCAGGUCUCAUCCGACGGGACUAGGCUCAAAGAAGGUUGUCACAUAAAUCGAAGUUUGCUUACUCUGGGAACUGUCAUUCGUAAGCUAAGCAAGGGAAGAAACGGGCAUAUUCCUUAUCGAGAUUCGAAGCUAACACGCAUAUUACAAUAUUCCUUGGGAGGUAAUGCGAGAACGGCCAUUAUUUGCACAAUGAGCCCUGCACGAAGCCAUAUCGAGCAAUCCAGGAACACUCUUUUAUUUGCAAGUUGUGCAAAAGAGGUAGUUACCAAUGCACAGGUCAAUCUUGUGAUGUCUGACAAGGCACUGGUAAGGCAUUUACAAAGAGAACUUGCAAGACUGGAGAGUGAAUUGAAAUAUCCAAGAUCAGCCUCCUGCACAUCUCAUUCUGAUGCCUUGAGAGAGAAGGAUGUCCAGAUUAAAAAGAUGGAAAAGGAGAUCAAGGAGCUGAUGCAGCAAAGAGAUCUUGCUCAAUCUCGCCUUGAGGAUUUGCUCCAAGUUGUAGGGGAAAAUCGAGCUCCAAGACAAUGGGAUGAAUGCAGCCAAUCCUCGAUAUCCAAUGUACACAAUAUGUCCGAAGAUGUCCUUUCAAUUUCUGAGACAUCAGGUAUCGCAUAUCAGAAUUUAGAUUUCGUCUCUACAACAUUUGAUGCAUCACAUGGAAUCAAUAGUUGCUAUGAGCAUCACCUAGAGCCUUCUGACAAACCAGAGGAACGGCAUGCUAUCUCACCUUUUGGAUUUAUAACGUAUGAUGCAACAUACAGAGCUAGUAAUUGGAAUGAGCAUCACCAGAAGCGUUCUGACAAUCCAGAGGAACAGCAUGCUAUCUUGCCUAGGCAAUCAAUUAGCCAUUGUCAAUGUAAUGGACUGUUCCCAUAUCGGAGGCAGGAAGGCACUGCUCAAAUCACAUCUGAAGAUUCUGAAGACCAUUGCAAGGAAGUCCAAUGUAUCGAGAUAAAUGGAUUAAGUGCAAGCAAAAAUGAAGAAUUCAAUCUGUUGUUGACUGAUGAAAGUGAUAGUCUACUACCCCUGACUGAAGCUGACAAGCUUGCAGAUCAUGGACCACAACCUCUAGGAGAUAUUGCCACACCACCUGCAUCGGAGCGACAACUAGCGGCUGUUACAAAGACUGUUGACAAUUGUGUCAAAAAAUAUCCUGAUGAAUCCUCUCAGGGGUCCUCAAUGAGAGAUAUAAUGAGUUCUAGGGACUUGGCACUUUCUAGAAGUAGAAGUUGCAGAGCAAGUCUGAUGACUAGUUCAACUUCUUGGUUCGAGGACAUGGAACAAAAUAAUAGGACACCACCUAAUGACUUCCUCAAGGAGUUUCCUGAAAGGGUUCAAAGAAGACUUUCUACACUAAAGUACACUGCAGAAAAUGAAACUCUUUCAUUAGAAGGAUCUAAGGCCUCUGAUACAUUUGCUCUCAAUAAUGAGGUUAGGACACAGGAUGUGAAAACUGCUUCUGAAGAGGGCAUUACGGGUAUCACUAAUUUUGUUGCAGAACUGAAAGAGAUGGCUCAAAAUCAGUACCAGACAGAAGUUCCUGAUGCUCAGGAAACAAAAAGGACCACCAGUGAAGACUUUGGAGUCGUGAAAACUAUAGUAAAGGAUGUAAGCUUGGACACAAUAUCAAAUUCCUUGGAAGUUCCUUUGCAAUGGCCUAUGGAAUUUGAGAAAAAACAACAGGAGAUUGUUGAGCUUUGGCAAGCUUGCAAUGUUUCCUUAAUACACCGAACUUACUUUUUCAUCCUUUUCAAAGGCGAUCCAGCAGAUUCUAUUUACAUGGAAGUAGAGCACAGAAGAUUAUCCUUUCUGAAGAAUACCAUUUCGCAUGGAAAUCUUGAUAAAGAAGAUGCAGGAGAUGGUCACGAUCUUACACUUGUUUCAAGCUUGAGAAAUAUUCGACGAGAAAGGGAAAUGCUAUAUAGACAGAUGUUUAAGAGGAUUCCAGCAGAGGAAAGGGAGAGCCUUUACACCAACUGGGGAAUUGCUUUGAAUUCCAAAAAGAGGAGACUGCAGCUAGCCCAACAGCUUUGGACCAAAACUGACAUGGAACAUGUCAGAGAGAGUGCAUCUCUUGUAGCUAAGCUGAUCGGACUCACAGAACCAGAGCAGGCCCUCAAGGAAAUGUUUGGACUCAGCUUUACAGUCACACCACAGCGAGCACACCGGAGAUCUUACAGCUGGAAACGUGGAAACUCUUUUGCUGUGUGAGCAAAAUGGCACUGCUAAUGUUGAUGGUAACAUAGUCAGGGAGGCAGUUUAUUUGUGGAGACCACUCAUCUCCUGUGACUCACAAUCAUUUAAUAUAUAUAUAUAUAUAAUAGAUAUACAUUAUUUUUUGCUUUUUCUUUCACCAUGAUUCUUUCAUUCUGGUUGUUCUGUAGAAAUAUUUGUAUUUACUAUUAUUAAGAAAAUGUUACAAUUUA